CAUUUCCAGACGAAAAAUUUUUUUGUUUUUAAUGUCAAGGAGUUGUGCAAAUUUUUUGUAAAUAUGUUUAAGUGUACCAUUCGUUUGGUCAACCUGGUGAUGCAGCUCUUUACGGUGACUGUGGAGAUUGUUGCACUGGUCUACUUAAUAAUGGUGUUGUAUUCGCAAUGUGUCUUAGGCGGCGAGUACUAUCUCUCCGUGAUUUUAUACGUCUACUCUCUACCAGUCAUCACUGUUCAGUCUGUGGUCUUUGUCCUGUGUCGUUUGUGCUGGUUUACCGUAGGGCUCGAUCCAAUUGCGAUGACGUUUAAUCUGGCCAGCGGCAUGGUGUGCAUCGGCUGCAGCCUGACCAUGCUCGUGGCCAUGAUUUUUCACUGUGGCAACGAGUACCAGUACAUGUUCUUUUUGGCCGGAGGAUUCGGCCUUCUGGCUGGGAUUCUGCAUUUGGUGAAUGCCUUGAUCUGCAACAAAUACAUGCCCCGCAAGGAAUGGACCUACACGAAACCCUCGAAACAAGGCAGAAAAAGGACGGAAGAAUCAAUUUUGUAUUUGGUACCGUGAUGACUGUAAAAUGCUAUGGGGAAUAAGUGGAAAAAUUCUGAAAAAGUAUACAUGCAGAUUGAAUUUUGGCAAAUAAAUUGAAUGUGUAUGAU